GGCGGGGCGGCGCUGGACUGAGGCGGGUUGGCUCAGUGCGGCGGCGGCAGCAGGGGAAGAUGGCGGCGGCUGUUCCGCAGCGUGCAUGGACCGUAGAGCAGUUGCGCAGCGAGCAGCUGCCCAAGAAGGACAUUAUCAAGUUUCUGCAGGAUCACGGUUCAGAUUCGUUCCUUGCAGAGCAUAAAUUAUUGGGAAACAUAAAAAAUGUAGCUAAGACUGCUAAUAAGGACCAUUUGGUGACUGCCUAUAACCAUCUUUUUGAAAGUAAGCGUUUCAAGGGUACUGAAACUGUAAGUAAAGUGUCUGAGCAAGUGAAAAACAUGAAGCUUAACGAUGAUAAACCCAAAGAAGCCAAGUCUGAAGAGACUCUAGAUGAGGGUCCACCGAAAUACACAAAAUCUGUACUAAAAAAGGGAGAUAAAACCAACUUUCCUAAAAAGGGAGAUGUUGUUCAUUGCUGGUAUACAGGGACACUCCCGGAUGGAACUGUUUUUGAUACUAAUAUUCAAACAAGUUCAAAGAAGAAGAAAAAUGCCAAACCUUUAAGUUUUAAGGUUGGAGUAGGCAAGGUUAUCAGAGGAUGGGAUGAGGCGCUCCUGACUAUGAGUAAAGGAGAAAAGGCUAGACUAGAGAUUGAGCCAGAAUGGGCCUAUGGAAAGAAAGGACAGCCUGAUGCCAAAAUUCCACCAAAUACCAAGCUUACUUUUGAAGUGGAGUUGGUAGAUAUUGACUGAAACCAGUGCUUCAGAUCAGCAAUAAUAAGAACUUGAUGUGACUAAUUAGUACUUGUUACUAUUGUCAGGGAAGAGUCAACCAGAAAAUACAAGGCUUUAAAGCUUGUUUACUUGAUCUCAAUUUUUGAGGAAUGUAAUCCCCUUUAAGUCUCAGAUAUUUUACUAGAGCUAUGUAAAAUAUUAAGAACUUCUUUUCCUUUUACCUCAUAAACUAAAAAGCUCAAUAAAGAUGUCAUGGAUUGUCUUGAUUUAA